ACCUCAUAUAUGCGUUUGACCUCAGCCCUUUCUGUUCAACGUUGGUUCAAUGAGAGCAGAGGAAUAGGAAGAGAAAGAGAACCGCGCCGCCACUGCCAGACCUCGCCGUCCCACCGUUUCAAGUCUCAGCCUCGCCGCUGGUGACUUCACGACCACCACCAUUGGAAGUAGAUGCCGCCGAUCUUCCACUUGUCCGAAUUUCACCAUCGCCCAUCUGCCCACACGCUGCUGCAGCAACUGCUGCUCGCCGGCGUGGGAAGUUCACACUCUACCUUCCCAAAGGUUUUCGGCCGUUCUGCCACCACGGUUUUGAUCGCCCAGUCUUCCACUUCUUUUUCUGAUCCAUUUUGAUCGUUGGGUCUGCUGUUUUUGACAUCUCCCUUUGAUGUCUCUCUCUACUGCUUUGUUCUCGCCGGUCCUCUUUGUGUUUCAACAAGGUUUGGUUUUUGGGUCCUCUGUGUUGGCCUUGUUUUGACGUCUCAAGUCAGAAGUAAUUGUCCUUGUUGGGGCAUAAAGGUGACUCAAGAAAAUGUUUUUCCACAUAGUGCUGGAACGGAACAUGCAGCUGCACCCACGUUACUUUGGCCGUAAUCUUCGUGAUAAUCUUGUUGCCAAGCUAAUGAAAGAUGUGGAAGGAACUUGCAGUGGUCGGCAUGGAUUUGUGGUGGCGGUUACAGGGAUAGAAAAUGUUGGAAAAGGGUUAAUUCGUGAUGGUACAGGGUUCGUGACAUUUCCGGUUAAGUACCAAUGUGUCGUCUUCAGACCAUUUAAGGGAGAGAUCUUAGAAGCUGUUGUUACCAUGGUGAAUAAGAUGGGAUUUUUUGCUGAAGCUGGACCUGUUCAAAUCUUCGUCUCAAACCAUUUGAUUCCAGAUGAUAUGGAGUUCCAGUCUGGUGACAUGCCAAAUUACACUACUUCAGAUGGAUCAGUUAAGAUUCAGAAAGAUAGUGAAGUGAGACUAAAGAUAAUUGGGACUCGAGUGGAUGCUACCGAAAUUUUCUGCAUAGGAACCAUAAAAGAUGAUUUCUUGGGUGUGAUCAACGACCCUGUAGCAAUCUAAAUGCGCCUUUCAGUGCCCUUCUAUGCAUGUAAUUAUCAAACUCUAUCAUUAUAGCUGAAUUUACUAAGUUGUCAGUGAAUUUACCUGGUCGAUGGAUCAAACUUUCUUAUUAUAUCACUGUGUUCAUGGUUGCAUCAGUGAACAACCUUGAAUUCCACUAAAAAUUUGGUCGUGUUUGUAUCUGCCAUUUUGUUAAAUAAUCACUUAUUUAUAAUCA